CGUGUAGCUGCAGAUCGCACGCGCCCCACGACCGGCAACGCGAGCGCGACGGACGCGAUGGGCGCGCUGGCCAAGGGAAAGGGCUUGGAGACGUCAGCCGACGCCAGCGCGCAGCGGCAGGCCCAGGAAAUCUUGUGGCCUUGGGUGGCCACGCGGCCGCUGCGCAUGCUGCUCGUGGUGAUGAACACGCUCGCCUUCCAGAACCACAUCCACGAGUGGGCGCGCGACCACCGCCUGCACCACAAAUACACCGACACCGACGCCGACCCGCACAACUCGACUCGCGGCUUCUUCUUCUCGCACGUGGGCUGGCUGCUGGUGCGCAAGCACCCCCACGCGGAGGAGAGAGCCAAGCUGGUGGACAUGAGUGACAUCGAGCAGGACGAGGUCGUCAUGUUCCAAAAGAAAUAUUACCGUGUCUUGAUGCCGUUAAUAUGCUUUAUUAUCCCAACAAUAAUACCUGUAUACGUGUGGAAUGAGACCUGGGAAAAUGCGUGGUUUGUUGCAAUGGUACUUCGCUAUACCUUGUCUCUCAACGGCAUUUUGCUAGUCAACAGUGCUGCUCAUAUGUGGGGUAACAAACCUUAUGACAAGUCUAUCAAGCCUGCCGAAAAUCCUGCUGUGUCCUUUUUAGCAACGGGAGAAGGUUGGCACAACUAUCAUCACACUUUCCCUUGGGACUACAAACCCGCUGAGCUAGGCAACUAUCGUGCUAACUUUGCUACUGCUUUCAUCGACUUCUUUGCUCUCAUUGGCUGGGCCUACGACUUGAAGACAGUUCCAGCCUCUAGUAUACAAAACCGAAUGGCACGCUCUGGAGAUGGAAGUCAUGAGAUGUGGGGCAGGGGAGAACAAGGAUAA